AUGGAGGCAUUCGACAAGGACCUCUUUGUCGAGGCACUACGACCACAUAGCGAAGCCCAGAGUUGUGAUGCUGACGAGCUGACCGAGGCGCUAACCAGAGCAUGCGACACAACCAUGCCGAGGAAGGUGGAGCCUAGAAACCGACGGCGUCCGGUCUACUGGUGGAACGAGUCACUCAACGUAUUACGAGCUAACUGCAAUAGAGCUAGAAGGUGCUUCCAGAGAGCAAGAGGUAUCGAGACUAGAGAGGAAAGAAGAAGUGACCUCCGCGUUGCCAAGGCCGCACUGAAAUACGCGAUUAAGCAGAGCAAAACUAACUCCUUUAAGGAGCUUUGUAGAGCAGUCGAUUCCAACCCCUGGGGCGAUGCAUACCGAAUAGUGAUGGCAAGGAUCAGGAGCCCAGCAAUGCCAGCCGAAGGGUGCCCAGAUAAGCUAAAAAUGACAAUUAAAGGACUCUUCCCGGAACACGAGCCAACGUCCUGGCCCCCUACCCCUUACCGGGCGCUAGAGGAUGAGAACGCUGACGAGAGAAGAAUUUCCAAUGACGAACUUGUUACAAUCGCGAAAGACCUGAAGAUGAAGAAGGCGCCGGGCCCGCAUGGGAUCCCCAAUGCAGUUCUUAAGGAGGCAAUCCAUGCAUUUCCAGACAUGUUCAACACGGUGAUGCAAAACUGCCUAAACGACACUUUCCGGACAAGUGGAAAAUCCAGAAGGAAGCUGCUAGAAAGGAUUAUCCUGAACAGGCUAUCUAUAUACGCGGAGGGCGAGUACGGACUGACACAAAGGCAGUUUGGGUUCCGGAAGGGAUGGUCCACACUAGAUGCGAUCCGGACUGUCGUCGAGAUAGCACAGAAGGCAUCCAAGCAGAAGCGUAGAGGCAACCGCUACUGCGCAGUGGUCACUAUUGAUGUUAAGAAUGCAUUAAAUAGCGCCAGCUGGGAAGCUACCGCAGCAGCGUUCCAUAGAAUGAGAGUCCCCGACUAUCUGUGCCGCGUUCUGAGGAGCUACUUCACGAAUCGGGUGCUAGUAUACCGGACGAACCCCGGAAAGGAAACGACUGUGAUCACGGCGGGCGUUCCACGAGGGUCAAUACUCGAUCCAUCUCUCUGGAACAGUAUGUACGACGGUGUGCUAACCCUAGAGCUACCAACGGGAGUGGAAAUCGUCGGCCUCGCGGACGACAUCGUGAUGACGGUUACAUGCAGAUCGCUAGAGGAAGUGGAGGCGUUGGCAACUCAGUCGAUCUGCAGAGUGGAGACUUCAGCUGAAAGCCACGGAACAGCUUUUUCGGAUCACCGAAAUUCGUUUUUAUCUUACGAACAGAAGGGACUCGACGUUUGUCCGUUCACAUAUUUCAAGGAAUCAUGUUCAGACUUCGCCCACAUCGUAAUUCUAAAACCAUCAUUCAAUUCAAUGAAUUCAAUUGUAAACGUAUCGGAUUUACAUUGCCUUGGAACAUUGAUUAGGGAAAACUAUGUUCUAACGACAGCAAGCUGUGUGCAAUCUAAGAACAUAACAGUUUUGGCCAACACAGCUGAGAGCAUCACAGUGGAUUCUGUUUAUCUUCACCCUGAUUACAAACUUUUGUCAGAUCAAAAUACCACUGAAAACAAUCUAGCCAUUCUUAGACUCAACACAUCCCUACACUUUAGUAACAGCAUAGUUGCAAGUUGCCUAUGGGAUUCGGAAUCAUUACACAUGUAUACAAAAGUACAGGAAAUCGGUUUUGAUAAGACUACAGAUCGACUGGACCAAAAUUCGACGGUCUGUUCGGGUGAUUCGAAAAAUGCGUGUCUCAAAUCGACACUUAAUUUGUGGUGUCGAAGGAAAUCAUCAACUGGAAUUCUGCAGAUAAGAGAGCUAGGAAAAUUUAAAAUGCAUGCAAUGAUUGCAAGUUUUGGUUGUAACAAAGAUGGAAACAUCGUUCUAAUAUCUCAAUAUCUGCCAUGGAUACGUGAAGUCACCAAAAGUACACUGAUUGAAUAUAAUUUAACCGACGUUGGCUUGGGUGAAAAAUGCUUUAAAAAUGAUGGUACAAUGGGAGUGUGUUUACCAACGGAACAAUGCCCGCAAGUACAUAAAAACUUCAAAUCCCUUUGGAAAAAUAAUUCAAUUAGCACAUGUGGAUUUGAGAAUAGUGAUGCACUGACAUGCUGUGCCACAGAUGAUAUGCUAGUUGGACCCGAAACAGAUAACUUAUUUCGUGACAUUGUACAGGAAAUAGAAAACUGCGAGGUUCUGUAUGAUGAAUUCAGGCGUACACCCGAAGAGUAUCAAAUCAAUUCUCAAAUAGCAAUUAUCAGCGUAAAUAAUUCAGUAAGCUGCACAGCCACACUUAUUACAACUCGCUAUUUAAUCACAUCUGCGCAUUGUAUUUCUGGUACUGAUACAACUGAUUUUUCCGUUUGGCUGGGAGUCGGAGAUGAUAUGGAAAACGUUGCGCAGAAAAAUGAAAUUCACUCAAUAUAUCUUCAUCCUAAAUUCAACGUCAAAAAAAGCCGCUUCAACGUAGCUAUUAUAAUGCUCAAGUAUCCAGUGUUGAUUCAACAUUUUAGCGUACCAGCAUGCUUGUGGCGCGAAAAAGCUAAACUGCCAACCAACCUGGAAGCCAUUAGUUUUAAAAGCGGCGAAAAAAAACUUGUGUCAACCUUCACUAGUCCAAUGUACUACAGCGAUUGCCGUAAUUUGGAGUACUCCAAUAUCAUUCCGUCAGAGUUGUGUGUAAAGUACAAACCACAACUUGAAUGUUCGACCACCGACAUUGCGGACCUGUGUCAAACAUCUGGAAGCGGGUUAUACGCCAACCUAUAUCAUGGCGAUGAAAUGAAACCAGUCAUGUACUUAGUAGGGAUAUACAGUCAAGGAUACAAGUGUGACAAACAAGGGCCUGCGAUAUAUACGAGAAUUAGUGAAUACUAUCAAUGGAUAAAAAGUAUAAUAUAUUUAUCAUCCCAACAGAAACAAUAA